AGGACGAGAGCCGUGACCCUAUCAAGGAUAAAUGAGGAGGAGGAGGUUGGCGGGAAAAGUGAAGUUGUUGCUGAGCCGCGGAGUUCGCCGGCGGUUGGAGAACAGUCAAGAGAGAGCGCGAGAGGAUAGACGGUCAUCACCAAAUCCCCACCGACACAUCAACCCAAGAUGCCAGCUGAGAGAAAACCAAUGCGGUAUGCUCACCCAGAUGGAUAUACGGGUGUUUGUUUUGAUGAGAGUGGAAGAUUCAUGGUAACUGGUGGCAGUGAUGGAGACAUUAGGAUAUGGGAAAGUUUGGAUGAUGACGAUCCCAAAUCAAUCAAUGUGGGUGAAAAAAUUUAUUCACUGGCUCUCCGGAAUGGAAUGCUUGUUACAACUGUUUCUAACAACAUUGUUCAAGUUCACUCCUUCCCUGAGGGUUUACCAGAUGGUAUUUUAACUCGCUUCACUGCUGAAGUGAACCACAUCGUCUUCAAUACUUCUGCAACCAGUGUUGCUGCUGGUUCCAGUGACUUUAUGGUGAAGAUCAUUGAGACCAAGGACAACAGUCAGCAGAAGACUAUUCGAGGUCAUGAAGGUCCUAUCCUCAGUGUUGCCUUUGAUCCAAAGGAUUUAUUUUUGGCUUCCUCUAGUUGCGAUGGAGCAGUUUGCGUCUGGAAAAUUGCUGAUCAAACACGUGUAGCAAGUUGGCCACUAUUAACUAAAUUCAAUGAGGUGAACCGUGCUACAUCAAUCUGUAGACUUGAGUGGCAACCAAAGAUUGGAAAGCUUCUGGCAGUUCCGGUAGAAAAGGUUGUGAAGCUCUUUGAAAGGGAUACCUGGGAAAAUACUGACAAUCUUUCAGAUGAAAGUAUUAUGAUGCCAUUAAAUGUUGUAUCAUGGUCUCCUUGUGGUGGUUAUGUGGCUGCUGGGAGCAUUGAUGGAUCAGUGGUGGUUUGGAACGUACAGACCAGAAAAUGCAUUGAAAGAUUUCAGCAUGAGAAGUCUUAUCGCAUCUGUGCAUUGGCAUGGCAUCCUUCAAAAGAUAGUAUAGCAUAUACAGAUGCUGAAGGAAAUCUGGGUCUUCAUGAAGGAGUUUUGGCAAGUGCUGGUAGCAAGGAACAGGCAUCUCAUUCAAAUGCUGCCACAUUUGAUGAUUUGUUUGAUGAAGAGGACAAUGACUUGUUAACAAAAGGCAUGAAUCUAUCACCCCCAUCACCUAUGAGGCAGCCAUUAGUGGAUGAUGAUGAUGAUGAUGAUGGUGAUGAUGAUAAUGUUGUGGCGAUUGUCAACCGUUCUCGACAUAAUCGAGCUAUUGAAGAUGAUAACUCAAACGAUAUUGGAUCUUCCACCCAGUUAGAAAAAAUGGAUAAUGAUGAUGAUGACGAUGACGACAAUGCUCGAACUACUGUUGCACAAACUGCACCAACAGUUGUAGGAUACUCUGGACCAGUGCCAACACCACAACAAAAACCUUUUCAACCUUGUUCCACUCCCUGUUACCUCCAGCAUAGGUUUAUGGUGUGGAAUUCCAUUGGUAUUAUUCGCUGUUACAGUGAUGAGCAAGAUAAUGCUAUAGAUGUAGAAUUCCACGAUACUUCAGUACAUCAUGCAAUGCACUUGAGUAAUGUUCUGAAUCACACCAUGGCUGAUUUAUCACAUGAAGCAGUGCUACUAGCGUGUGUAAAAACUGAUGAAGUGCCAAGCACACUCCAGUGUAUUCACUUCAACUCCAGGGAUGCAAACAAAGAAUGGUUGGUGGAUAUGCCAAACAAUGAAAACAUUGAAGCCAUUUGUUUAGGUCAAGGCUGGGCUGCUGUUUCGACAAAUGCUCAAAUUGUUCGCAUCUUCAGCAUUGGUGGGGUGCAAAAGGAGCUCUUCAGUCUUAUGGGGCCUGUGGUCGCUAUGUCAGGUCAUGGGGAGCAGCUAUUGAUUUCUUAUCAUCGAGGUACUGGUUUUGAUGGAGAUCAGUGCUUGGGGGUGCAAAUAAUGGAAUUAGGAAGAAGGAAACGGCAGAUUCUGCAAGGAACGUCCCUUCCUCUUACCAGGAAGUCUUAUCUGAUGUGGCAGGGUUUCUCUGCUGAAGGUACCCCAGUAUUUGCAGAUUCAGAAGGGAUCAUACAAAUGCUAAACAGAUCUUUAGGGAGCACCUGGAUUCCUAUUUUGAACACCCGGGAUCAUUGCAAAGGCAAAUCUGACUAUUACUGGGUUGUUGGUAUCCAUGAAAACCCUCAGCAGCUCAGAUGUAUCCCAUGUAAAGGCUCUAGAUUUCCACCAACACUUCCACGUCCCACUGUAACAAUUCUACCAUUGAAACUCCCUUAUUGUCAAACUAGUUCAGAAAAAGGACAAAUGGAGGAACAGUACUGGCGAUCAGUGCUAUUUCAUAAUCACUUUGACUAUCUGGCAGAAAAUGGUUAUGAAUUUGAUGAAACUGCAAAACACCAGGCACUAAAGGAACAGCAGGAAUUACUAAUGAAGCUGUUUGCUCUGUCGUGCAAGGCCGAACGUGAAUUCCGUUGUGAAGAACUCACUGAAUUUAUGACUCAGAACGUCUUAAAUUUGGCUAUCAAGUAUGCUUCACGUUCAAAACAUCUAACUCUUGCCCAGCGCCUUAGCAACUUGGCACAGGAGAAAGCUACAGCAUUAUUGACAGUACAAGAUGAAGAUGACUUUCAAGCUGAUCCAAAGGCGAGCUAUCGAAGCACAGUGACCAAAUGGAGUUCACAUGUGCAACCUCCAGCUCAAAACUCCAUUGAAAAGGAAGAAGGAAGUGAGGAAGAUGUUCAGAAUAAUGCAGAAGGAGAUGGUAACAAUGAAUUGGAUCCUGAGGAAACAGUUCUUGCAAAGAGAAGGUUAAAUCCAUUUAGUAAAAAUCUUGGUCCUGUGGAACGAAUAAUUCCAAAAUCAGUAACUCUUACAAACAGUAUGCUUGCACGUGCCAAUCCAUUUAAGGUAACAUCUGGUGGAAUAUCCCCUGCAUUGGUUGGAAAUCAUGCGCGUAACACCAAUAUUCUAGAUAGCAUGGCGAAAAUUAAUAAGAAAGCUUCAAGUACCAACAGCCAAUCUGCAAGUAAUGAGAAAUCACUGCUUCUGAAACCUCUGGUCUCAAAACCAAAAGCCAAACAGACCCAAGCUACACUGUUCCAGCCCGCCAUUUCUAAAUUCAGCAGUAAAACUGUGGAAGAAAAAGCAAUUGAGGCUCCUUCUAUACAAUCAAUCAUCCCUGACAACAACAACACAGAAAACAAGAAGCCUAAGAAGACAGGUUUCCAACUCUGGUUGGAAGAAAGUCGAGAGGAUAUUGUUGCUGAAAGUCCAGGUUUAUCAGAAGAAGAAAUAAUUAAGGAAGGCAUGAACAGAUUCCGUGUUCUGUCAACUGAGGAGAGGAAGGCCUGGACGGAGAAAGCUAAAAGAAGCGGAAGCAUUGACAAUAUGCCUGAUGCAGAGGAUGCUCAAAAACGCAAGCGUGUGGAAGAGCUUCAUGAAGAUAACCUGGAAAGCAAAGAUGAAAACUCUGAAGAACCUGGAAGCUUGGCAAAAAAACAGAAACAACAGCAUGUAUCCACUAAUUCAAGAUUGGCUGCCUUUGCCUUCAAAAAGGAGUAGCAUUUCUGCAUAUUACUUGACCACAGUUUGAACAUUUUAAUAUUUCUACCACAUUUAUUGAUUUGUCAAUAGUUAUAUAGUUUAGACAAAACAAGACUGUAUAUUUUUUUAUAGUUAACAUUAAGGACGCAAUUCGUCCAUUGUGUUCAUCCUGUACAGUGAUUUUUCUAGUUCAGCCAAAAAUGAUCUUGAGUAGAACAAAAACGUUUUCUUUAAAUUACAAGUCUCGCUUUUAGGUAUGAUUGGCCAAGGCCGAGUAGCUGGUUGUGUUAUCUGUAGUAUUUUACUGCAAUGGUGUAUAGUGGAGAGUGGAAGUGCAGGUCGUGGAUAGAAUGGCAAUAUCGAUAAAUCAAAUUAAUGUGCACCAAGACAACAUUUUUGUUGUAAAUCAUAACCUGAGAAGUUUAACAGUAGUGAAUUGUAAUAAGGUGAACUCUGGAGACUUUAAUGGGAAUGUACAGAUAAAUUAUGAAUUCAGUGGAAUAUAAUUUUGAAAAACCUGUUGCCCUUGGCAUUGCAAUUAAUUAGUUUAGUUAUUUCCAGUUAUUCAUCCACUUGCAAAGAAAGGUAGGUCGAAAUCUUCACAGAUUUCAGUGUUUUAUAAUUAUAUGAUAAUGUAUACUUAUGGCAAGAUACUAGCUUUCGUUUAGCAAAAGUUUUCUUUUUUUAAGUAUGAAUUUUAAAU